AUGGAUCGGGAUUUCCAUCAUCCAUUUGUUCCAUAUGAGAUUCAACGGCAGUUUAUGAAUAAUCUAUAUGGUUGCCUAGAAGAUGGCAAAGUUGCUGUCUUUGAAUCCCCCACUGGUACCGGUAAAUCGUUGAGCUUGAUCUGUGGCUCAUUAACUUGGCUGCGGGAUCACAAACGAAAAGCAUUCCAACAAACUUUGGAUCAGGCAGCCUGUGACGAUGAUGAACCAGAAUGGAUGGUUGAAUUCGCCAAACGCGACUCGCGACGGGCCAUUACGGAGAAGAGACAGGAGUUUGAAGCCCGACUCGCAAAAAUCAAACAAGAGGAAGAGCGUCUGAAACAAGCCCAGGGAAGCCAGGAACGACCCCGGAAAAAACAGCGAAUAAAGGAGCCAGAGUCGUUGGGGGAGCCCGAUGACGAGAGUCAGUUCAUUCUCGAUGAAUAUGAUAGUGAAACAGACGAAAAGAAGAAACCGAGUGACUCGGGAGGGGUCGAUGGCUUGUCUGCCAGCACCCUAGCUUUAUUAGAACAGUUCAAGGGAAAGCUCUCCACUCAAGGGCAGGAUGAAGAAGAUGACAACACAGUCAAGAUCUUUUAUUGUUCUCGAACACACUCCCAGCUAAGUCAGUUUGCUGGUGAACUGCGGCGAGUCGCAUUCCCAUCCAGCAUACCCAGUGCGCCCGAUUCGGAGGACCAAGACGAUCUGUCCAAGCUGGAAGAGCGAAUAAAACAUCUUUCGCUGGGAUCCCGAAAGAAUCUCUGUAUCAAUCCAAAGGUUCAAGCACUGGAGAAUAGUACUGCCAUCAACGAGCGAUGUUUAGAACUGCAGCAGUCCGGCGUUGCUGCAGACAAAAAAUGCACCUUUCUCCCGUCCAAGGACGAUGAGGCGUUGAAACUUCAGUUUCGGGACCAUGCAUUGGCGACAGUGAAAGACAUUGAAGAUAUCGGCAAAGUGGGAAAGCAAAUUGGUAUCUGUCCCUACUAUGCUUCUCGUGAAGUCAUUAAACAUAGUGAGAUUGUGACACUCCCAUACCCUUUGCUAUUGCAAAAGUCUGCUCGUGAAGCUCUCAACUUGUCUGUCAAGGAUCAUGUGGUUAUCAUCGACGAGGCCCAUAACCUCAUGGAUGCCAUCGCUGGCAUUCACUCGGUGACAGUGUCAUUAUACCAAUUGCAAACGGCGAUCUCGCAAUUGACCACAUAUGCUCGCAAAUUUAAAACCCGAUUAAAAGGCAAAAACAGAAGCUAUCUUGCCCAAGUAAUCCGGCUGGUCAGUUCUAUUGCUGACCAUCUUCGAGGGAUUGCGGGGCUUAACAGUCCUCCGGAGGAUUCACUUCGGUUUUCGGACCUCAUGUCGGGCAAGGGAGUGGAUCAGAUCAACCCUUACAAAUUGUCUCGGUAUUUACAAGAGAGUAAGCUGGCUCGAAAGGUGGAUGGAUAUGUUGAGUCUUCAGAGAAAUCUCAACCAGGCCAGAAAAGCAAGACCACCAUGCCCGUCCUCUUCCAUAUACAGAGUUUCCUACUGCCAUUGAUGAAUCCUUCGGAAGAGGGCAGGCUUUUCUAUCAGAAGAGUAACGAUGACGUGGUAUUGAAAUAUACGCUUCUUGACCCUACAAAUCACUUUCGGGAAAUUGUCGACGAAGCCCGAGCAGUGAUUCUGGCGGGUGGAACAAUGUCUCCGAUGUCAGACUAUGCAAACCAUUUGUUCUCAUACGUCGCACCCGAACGACUGGGUACAUUCAGCUAUGGUCACGUCAUUCCACCUACGAACUUGGUGGCACAAUCACUCACGCGAGGUAUUCUGGGUUCGGAUUUCGACUUUACAUACGAGGCCCGUGGAUCUGAGAAAAUGAUCACGGAUCUUGGGCGAACUAUAGCCACACUAUGUCAAGUCAUUCCUGAUGGAGUCGUUGCAUUCUUCCCAAGUUAUGACUACCUGAGUCAGGUCUUGAAUGUCUGGCAGAAACCGAUUCCGAAUGGCAAUGGACAAACGACCCUUAGCCUAAUCGAAAGAAAGAAGAAGAUUCUUUACGAAUCUCGCGAAGCAGUGAAAACUACCGAUGCAUUGCUACAGGAGUACACCGAAGCUGUUGAAUCGGGACCCGGAGCCUUGCUGUUGUCAGUAGUAGGUGGAAAGCUGUCGGAAGGUAUCAACUUCUCCGACCGACUGGGGCGGGCUGUUUUGAUUAUUGGCUUGCCUUUCCCCAACAUCCGUAGUGCGAUCUGGCAGUCCAAGAUCAAAUAUAUUGAGGAAAAGGCCUACAGACAUGGCUCGGGGUCAGAAUCCGAAAAGAAGGCCAAUGCCUCAGCUGCGGGUAGAGACUUUUAUGAGAACUCCUGCAUGCGCGCUGUCAAUCAAUGCAUUGGACGGGCUAUCAGACAUGUAAAUGACUAUGCAGCCAUCAUCAUGUUUGAUCGACGGUAUGACACGCCACGUAUUCAGAAAAAACUACCAGGUUGGAUCCAGGGAAGCCUGGUAGCCUCCGUGUCCACACGACCGGCCCAGAUGACUGUACAGCGACUUUCAAAGUUUUUUGCAGAAAAGUCAUGA